AUGUCGUCUGCGUCGAGCAAGACUACGAUGCAAGCAAUCCACAUUCCCAAGUGGCUGCCACAAGACACAGGCUACCCGUCCCUGAAGCCCACCACUCAACCUGUGCCCUCACCCUCGCCAACAAACCUCCUCAUUGCCAUUACCCACUCCUCUCUCAACCACGUCGACCUGCUGUACUCGCGAGGUCUGCACCAGAAUAACGCCUCCGGACUCGUGAAACCGCCGUUCAACCUCGGUCUGGAGUUCUCUGGAGUCGUCGCCGCACUCCCAACCGAUGCAAAAGCUGCAUCAACAUGUGGCUUCGCCGUCGGCGAUCGUGUCUGGGGCGGCUGUGUAGGCAGUUUCGCAGAGUAUGCGUCGGUGCCACCCUCGGCAGUGAGAAAGGUUCCCAACGGAACGAGUCUGCUGGACGCGGCUGGAUUGGGUGCGGGCAGCCCGACGGUGAGCUAUGGCGCCUUGAUCUUGUGUGGAGGCGUGAAGAAAGGUGACCUGGUGCUCGUGCAUGCGGCGGCUGGAGGAUUGGGCGCGCCUGCUGUGCAGAUAGCGUAUGCAAAGGGAGCGAAGGUCAUUGCAACAGUGGGCAGUGAGGAGAAAGCUAAGGUGGUGAGGAGCGAGAUGGGAGAAAUGGUUUUGGGCGUGGUGAACUACGAAGUCGAGGGCUGGGAGAAAGAGGUGGUCAAAAUUGCAAAAAAAGAAGGGAAGGAAGGCGUCGACUUAGUCUACGACACAGUGGGAUUGGUGCUAAGCUCGAUCAGGUGUGUGAGAUUCGACGGGGCGAUUGUCAUCGCGGGCUUUGCUGGAAGGAAGGGGAAGAUGGAGACGGUGGCGAUGAACAGAAUUCUGUUGAAGAACGUCAGAGUGCUUGGGUACAGGUAUGGCGAGAGUGGGAGAAGAGACCCAGACCACACGGCAGAAUGCUGGCGCGGCACAGAGGAGUUGCUAGCGAAGGGCCAAAUGAAACCGCUGAUCUACAGAGUGCUUCACGGGCUAGAUUCGGUGGGCGAGGGCUUGCAGGAGCUGUACGAGAGGAAGGUGUGGGGAAAGGCCGUGGUUGAAAUUAGGAAAGAGGAGGAUGUUCUGAGGGAGGUCACUGCCAAACCGAAAUUGUGA